UAAGGCUUGUCUGGGGUGUGGACUUGAGAAGAGGGCAGGGUAAAAGUGGGCGGAUGGGUAGUUCCUAGUGUUUGUGCAUUUAGACUGCGAGUCUGAAAUUAGUAUCAUUGAGAGCAGGAGGAAUUUGACUUGAAGAGACACACAGUCAUCAAACACACAGUCAUCAUGCUGAUUCUCCUCGCUGCCAUCUUUGCCCUUCACAUCAUAGGCAUCAUUCUCCUCCUGGUGGCCACCAUUGACAAUGCCUGGUGGAUGACGGAAACCAUUUCCACUGAUGUGUGGGCUCGUUGGAUAUACGAGAAUGGAGUCUGGAACUACACUGAUCUUCCCACAGGCUCACACUACCCACAGGAUUACCUCCAGGCAGUGCAGGCCAGCUCAGUGCUAGCUUGUAUAUUCUCCAUCCUUGGCAUCUUUGUGUUUGUGGCUCAGCUCUUCACCCUCAGCAAAGGACAGAGGUUCACCAUCUCUGGCAUCUUCCAGCUCCUGGCCUGCCUGUGCAUCAUGAUCGCAGCAUCCAUCUACACAGAUCGCUUCCAUCGUGAAGAGAAGUUCGGUUGGUACGGGCACUGCUACAUCCUGGCGUGGAUCUCCUUCGCUCUCACGUUCAUCUCCUCCAUCACUUACUUUGUGCUACGCAAGAAGACUGCAUGAGAAGGACACUAAAGCGAGCUCCAACCAGCCCAAAACCUUCGACUGGAUCUACUUUAUCAGCUGUAAUCUGGUUUUUGUCACAGAUAGGUUUUGGACAUCACAUUUGAACUGUUUGCGUAUAUGCGGCCAUAGAUUUAACAGAUCUGUUGAUCCUCUCAAAUACAUACUAGUGCUUAAUUGACUCUGCUGUUACAGAUGUUAGAGACUCACACUUUGUGGGUAUUUCUACAGUAAAAGGCAAACUUAAUCAAUCACAGUUGUAUUUGAGUGUAUUUUCAACUGGAUUUCUUGAGGGCAUCUAAGAAUUAAGAAUAUUUUGUUAUUAAUUGAACAAAAUUUGCCUUAAUGCAUAUCAGAUGCUAUGUUAAAUUAAGAUCUAUCAAUAUUUCUGGCUUGUAACGAAAGCAGAUUGAAGUGUCAACUUUUUUUUGUACAUUUAGAUAUGGAUAUGAGUGUUGGAUAAAAAGGGGUGAGUUUAUUAUUUUAGUUUAGUGGUUUUAUUGUUAUUUUUGUGUCAUAUAUUUGCUCUAGUCUUGUUUUCUAAUGUGCCACUAAUUAAACAGAAUGUAACCACAACAAAAAGGCACUGAUGUUCAAAGUACCUGGCAGAGCUGUGCUGUUUUGAAGUCUUACAAAAAAUCCAUUAAUACGUCACCUGUUAUAAAAUCAAUGAUAUAAUGUGGAGUUUUUUUCCCCACCAUGUUAUUGAAUUGACAGUCCAUACAAAGCAUUUUGAAAAUAAGUCAGAGUAACGAACUUCAAAGUGGACAGACUUAAAAUUUCACUCAUCUAAUACGUAUGAUUUUUUUUCUUUUGUUUUUUUACUAUUUCAAAUAAAUCAGCUCAGUCAAAUAUAAUGUAAAUCCAACCGUGUCAGUGAAGCACAUCAAACCAUCACAACUUUUCAUGUACUUUCACUCUUUGUCAAAUCAACUGUUUCCUCCCAGUGUGACAGAAAGGGAGCAGCCUAGGGAUAUAUAACGUGUAAAUAUGGUUUCCUUCCCAUAAUGCUCGAUGUCUAAUGCUGUUUUUAUUUUUGCUGCUGUUAUUUCUCAUUAUAGAUGACAAUGACCAUAAUUUUUACAAUAUUAAAACUUGAUUUUCAACCAGU